GCUCGACCCUCACACUGUUCUCCUCAGCACUGUUCUGACGCUCUUCCCCUUUUCUGGAAUACUCGUGUCUCUUGAUUUACGUAAAACCAGACAUAAACAAAGAAAAAAAGUUCACGGAAACGCUAACAAAACCAGAGCCUGAACGCGAUCCACCUGCCGUAGGAGAUGUGGACGGAUAUAGGGAAGAUCAUGCUGUUUCAUUUAUUUCUGAUGGAGCUGCACUCGGCGAAAGGGACUAAAACGGAUUGCGAGGAAGGUCAGUUUAAGUGCAGAAACGGGAGGUGUAUACCUAUCAUCUGGAGGUGUGAUGAUGAUGAUGACUGCGUGGACAACAGCGACGAGGAAAGCUGCCCGAAGAAGACAUGUGCCACAACGGACUUCGCCUGCAGAAAUGGGCAGUGCGUGCCCUCGCGGUGGCGCUGUGAUGGAGAGCCGGAGUGUCCGGAUGGCUCCGACGAGGCGGAGUCCAUGUGCAGUCGACAGUUAUGCCCCCCCGAGAAAUUCGACUGCGGGGGCUCUUCGGGCAAAUGCAUCUCGCUGUCCUGGCGAUGCGACGGAGAGCGGGAUUGCGAGAACGGCGCCGACGAGCUGGCCUGCGUGGCAGAUGGCAAAGCCUGCCCCCCCAGCGAGUACCAGUGCCGUAACCGCAAAUGCAUUGCACCUGAGUUCCUGUGCAAUGGCGCUGACGACUGCGGCGACGGAAGCGACGAGGAGAAGUGCUCGGCGACCACCUGUGGCCCGCACGAGUUCCGCUGCAACAGCUCAGAGUGCGUGCCGCGCCCGUGGAGCUGCGACGGCGAUGCUGACUGUGCUGACGGCUCGGACGAGACCGUGGAACGCUGCGGCCGGCGCGCCGAGCCCCAAAAACCACGCUGCCCCAACGGGGAGUUCCAGUGCGGCAGCGGCGAGUGCGUCCAUCUCAGCUGGAAAUGCGACGGAGAUGCCGACUGCAAGGACAAAUCCGACGAGGCCAACUGCGCCGUGCCCACUUGCCGCCCGGACGAGUUCCAGUGCGGCGACGGAUCCUGUGUCCACGGCACCAAGCAGUGCGACCGGGUGCACGACUGCUCCGACUACAGCGACGAGGUCGGAUGUGUCAAUGCGAGCAAGUGUGAAGGACCUCUGAAGUUCAUGUGUAGGAACGGCGAGUGUGUCGACAGCAGCAGGGUGUGCGACUCCCACAGGGACUGCAAGGACUGGUCGGACGAGCCUCUCGAGUGCGGCAAGAACGAGUGUGCAGACCAUAACGGUGGAUGCUCGCACGUGUGCCGUGACCGGCGGAUCGGGUACGAGUGCGAAUGUCCCCCCGGAUACCAGCUGCUGGACAAGAGGACGUGUGGUGACAUAGACGAAUGUGAGAAUCCGGAGAUCUGCAGCCAAGUGUGCGUGAACUACAAAGGUGACUACAAGUGCGAGUGCUAUGAGGGCUACGAGAUGGACCCCGUAACCAGGAUGUGCAAAGCCGUGGGGAAAAGCCCCUACCUGAUCUUUACCAAUCGCCACGAGAUUCGACGCAUUGACCUGAUUAAGCGGGACUACACGCAGGUGAUCCCCACCCUGAAGAACGCAGUGGCACUAGAUGUGGACGUCGCCACCAACAAGAUGUAUUGGUGUGAUCUGUUUCACCGCAAAAUCUACAGUGCUUACAUCAACAAGGCCAGCGACUCCUCCCAGCAGAUAACUCUGAUUGACUCCGCCCUGCACUCCCCGGAAGGCCUGGCCAUUGACUGGGUCCACAAGAACCUCUACUGGACUGACUCGGGGGACAAGACCAUCUCAGUAGCCACGGGGGACGGUAAGAAGAGGAGGGUGCUGAUCGACACGGAGCUGAGUGAGCCAAGGGCCAUCGCCGUGGAUCCCAAGCAAGGGUUCAUGUACUGGUCAGACUGGGGAGCCCAGGCCAAGAUCGAGAAGGCGGGAAUGAAUGGAGUGGACCGUCAGGUGCUGGUUUCUGACAGCAUCGAGUGGCCCAAUGGGAUUACGCUGGACCUGGCCAGCAGGAGGCUCUACUGGGUCGACUCUAAGCUGCACCUCAUCUCCAGCAUCGACCUGAACGGAGGCAGCCGGAAGGUGCUGCUCUCCUCCUCUGACCACUUGGGCCACCCCUUCGCCCUGACGGUGUUUGAGGACCGGAUCUAUUGGACCGACCUGGACAACGAGGCCAUCUACAGCGCCAACCGGUUGACAGGCCGCGAUGUGGCCACACUGGUGGAGCACCUGAACAGCCCCCUGGACGUGGUGGUGUUCCACGAGCUGCGGCAGCCCAGUGCUCCUGACAGCUGUAACUUGGGCUCUCUGCCCAACGGUGGCUGCGAGUACCUAUGCCUGAAAGCCCCCCAGAUCACAGAGCACUCCCCCAGGUACACCUGCGCCUGCCCAGAUGGCAUGGAGCUGGGGCCGGACAUGCGACGCUGCGUGGCAGCCACUCCACCUGUCAGGCAUAAAACGACAGCAGCACCCGCAACGACCACAACUUCAAUGACGACAACCACCACCUCCAGACCAACGACGACCACCAUCACCAUCACCACCACCCCAGCUCCUCCACCACCCCCCACCACACAGGGCACCACAUCCCAGAUGGGCACGACGUCCCAGAUGGGCACGACGUCCCAGAUGACCACCCCUCCCAGCCCCACCUCUCCAUCCAGCCCAGAGACCUCCUACAGCCCCCUCCCUACCUUCUCCUCCCCAAAACCGGCCUUCUCCCCCCCCACACAGCCGGACGCCAUCCUGCGGGACGACAGGAACCUGUCCCACCUCUCCGGCAGUGAACACUACCUUUUUGGCAGCAUCACCACGGUCUCCGUCCUCAGCGUCGUGGCCCCCAUCGGAACACACCGGGCAGGCGUCAGAAGCAGGUGUUGGCAAGCAAGCGUAGCGAUUCCGGCUUUUCGUCUGAGCUCAGCGUUCGUAGCGUCACUGGCUGCAGUGGUCGUCGGCCUGCUCUGCACUGCGGGCUACCUCACCUGGCGCAACUGGCGUCGGAGGAACACGAAGAGCAUGAACUUCGACAACCCCGUGUACCGCAAGAGUCCAGAGGAGGGCGACGACGAGAUCCACAUCGGCCACGUGUACCCCGCAGUGAGUGGAGGCGUCCGCCAGCCCUUCAUCGCCCUGCCACUAGGGGGCAGCGUCCCAGACUCCAGCUCUCACUGGUACUCGGCACAACCAAUGCUCUGCAGUACUAAGUGAUGCCUGUGGGGGGGGCGCACUU